AUGCGGUUCCGCGCCAGCAUCGUCAACAUCAACACCUUCACCAAAUUCACCGCAUCCCUCGCAACACUCGGCCACAUCGCAUGGGUGCGCCUGGACGACAAGGAUGUCCGCUUCACCGUCAUCCCCGAGCAGGGCACGCAGGUCUGGGCGGUGCUCACCAUCGACAGCAUCCUCGAGAACUACUCCAUCCAAUCCGCGGCGCCUAACAACACCAUCAACCUCGAGGUUCCCUUGGCUCCGUUGCAGAGGGCGCUGAAGAGCGCGCAGAACGCGAUUGCUGCCAAUAUCCGGUUGACGAAGAAGGACAAUAUUCCCUUGCUUAGUCUUACUAUCACUACCAGCACUAUCAACAGCGGGCCCCCGUCUGCAUCCGCUUUCAAUGCGCGAGGAGGUGCGGGCGAGGAUGGCACGGAUGGCUUCGACGCGUCGAGUGAGUUCAGAGAGGAAUCCGUGGAGGCUUUCAGCAGCCGUGCACAGGAUCGCGAAACGACCGUCACCCAGGACAUCCCUAUCCGCGUCCUC